AUGAACAGCACUGUUCUCCAAUUAUCCGCUCGAGAACGAUUACAAUUCGCUUUUGAUACAUUUGAAAGUGAAUAUGGUAUUGCAAAAUUGCUUGAUCCAGAGGACGUUUGUGACGUUGAAACACCAGAUGAACGUUCUUUAAUUACUUAUGUUUCAAUGUUGCAUAAUAGAUUAAUCAACGAGCCAAAGGUUUUGUUGUCUUUGGGCGGAGGCUAUGAUGAUGUUAUUUCACGUCUUACUCGUGGAAUUGGCAUAACCAAUGAAAAACUUGAUCAUUUACUUGUACGUAUUGAUAAUGUAAAUGUAGCUGAAGAACGUGGUGAACGUUUUGAAAUAUUGGAACGUCAAGUUCGAGAAAUUGUUGAUGAUUUGCACCUUCUGAAACCUCCAAUUGAUGAACUUUUUAGUGAUGUUGAAAUUCUCCGUCAACAACGACAUUCGCAAACUGCUGAUUUAAAUAAGCAAGUUGUUGGUCUAGAACAACGUAGAGCUGCAUAUUUGGGACGAUUAGAAGAUGGAAUAAUGACUAGACUUGGAAUUCGCCCAAAAACACAAUUCGUGACUGAACGUGUAACUUCAACAACAACUGCUGAUGGAGGGUCUUUAGCUUAUAAAGGAAAUGCAUUCCGACGUGUUGAGGAUGCCAUUCAAUGGAUUAGAGAUAGAACGGAUUUCCGUCAGACUGUUGAUGAAUGUAUUGCCAGACAGGCUGAAGUCUCUGCUGAAGAUUCCUAUGACUAUUUUGAAUUGCUCAAAAUUCUUGAAUCAGAAUACCAACAAUUACGGGAACUUUCUGCUGGAAGAAUGGUUGAUUUGGAUUCUCUCAUUGCUUUUAUUCGUGCAGCACAACUUGAACUUGUUUGGAUUCAUGAAAGAGAAGAAUUAGAAGUUACUCGUAAUUGGUCUACAGUACAACAAUUAGAUAUUCCCAUGCUUCAAAAUUAUUUUAAACAAUUACUCCAUGAAAUUGAAUUACACGAAAAACAAUUUAAUGAUGUACAUAAUCAAGGAGCUGCUCUUAUUAAUCAACGACAUCCGGCGGGAGAAGUUAUUGAAGUUUAUCUUCGCACAAUGCAAAAUCAAUGGGAUUGGUUAUUAAAUCUAAGCAAAUGCCUUGAAGGUCAUUUAAGAGAUGCUUACAAUGCCAAAUCGUUUUUGGAAGAAUCAGAUCAAAUUGAACAACAAAUGCAACAACAAUUGAAUCAUUUGGAUCAGAGUUACAACCGAACAGAUUUUUCUUUGGACGAGGGCGAAAGGAUGUUACGAGAACUUGAUUCAAUCCGUGAACAUAUUCAACAAUUACAUGCUCGACUUCUUUCACUUUCUGAGCGAUGUUCACAAAUCUCACCAUUAUGGCAACGUGGUGAAAGAAUUGGAAGACCAAUUCCCGUUGUUUCUCUUUGUGAAUACAAAAGGGACGAAUGUACUCUUUUGGAUAAUCACGAUUUAUUACAUUGGCGUAUUCGAGGAAUGGAUGGUGUUGAAGCUAGCAUUCCUUCUGUUGUUUUCCGUAUUCCUCCACCUGAUCCACGUCUUUCUAACUUACUUAGCCGUUUCCAUGGACAAUUUGAAAGAUUAAGAAAACUUUGGGAUCGUAAACAUCAUUUGACACGUUACAAUAUGGUUUUGUCAACAAUGCGAACUGUUCGUGGUUGGGAUUUGGACACUUUUCUAUCAAUUCCUCCCGACCAACGAGAUGAAAUCAUUAAAGCAUUAAAUGAAGAUGUAAAUAAACUUCUUGCUGAAUUAGAUCCAAAUGAUCCACUUGCUCGACGUCUUAAAGAUGAAUUAAGAUUAACAAACGAACAUUUUUAUGAUUUAUUGGGACGUGCCCAGAAAGGACCUGAGCCAAAUUAUGCAAAUGAAUUUGAUGCAGCUGCUGUUGAGCUUAUUAGAAAAUUUGAGGAUGCUUUUAAACAACUGAGUGAACGCGCACAAAUUCGUAUACCAAGCAAUUUGGAAGAAUUAGAACAUCAAAUUAGAGAACAUAAAAUAUUCGAAGAUAAUUUACAGGCUUUGGAUGUUGAUGUUUCAAACGUAAAAGAACUUUUUCGACAACUUCCAAGUCCAACACCUAAUCAACGCGCCAAACACGAUUUAAUGAUUUCUAGAUGGGAAGAAAUUUGGGAUUUAUGCCGAAUGUAUGUUGAACGACUUAAAGCACUAGAAAAUGUACUAAAGAGUGUUGAUGAAGUUUCUGAUAUUGUUCGUCGACAUGAAGUAACACUUUCUUCUUUUGAUGAUAUGCCUGCAGCUUUGGAGCGUCUUAGAGGAGUCCAUGCACAAUUAGUAGAAUUAUUAAUGGUUUUGCAACAACAAAGAAGUAUUGUUGAAAAUUUGAAUAAAGAUACUGCUCAAAUACGUUCACAUGUAGCAAGGACACGUCUCGGAGUUCAACAUCACUCUGAUGUUGAUCAAUUGGAAGAAUUAGUUACUAAUUUAACCGUUCGCUGGGACAAUGUAAACAGUCAAGUUACCGAUCGUCUUCGAAUUGCUGAAGAAGCUCAACAAACGCAAAUGGUCUAUAGAUCACAAUAUGAUGAAGAACUUCAAUGGCUUGAUAGAGUUGAGGCAACAAUUAAUAGCCUUCGUAGACCAGAAGAUCUUCGUCCAGAAGAAUUGCAAGGUCAAUUGGAUCAAUUAACUGCAGAAUAUGCUCAAUUACAAGAACAUACAGCAACAAUUGAGGCAAUAAAUAAAGAAGGAGGAAAAUUCAUUCGUGAUGCUAGGAGUUAUGAUAUAAAACUAGCACAAUAUCACGAUAACAUAAUUAGUGCCCAUGGUCAACGUAUCAAAGACGAAUUUCGACGUCAAAUACCUCAACCAAAGAAUGGAGCUCAAAUAGUUACAGAAGAACUUGAAGCAUUAAACCGAAGAUUUGCUCAACUUUCCUCUGUAAUAUUGGAAAGAAAGAAUAUUGUUAAUGUUUUAAUUCAAAAUUGGCGUCGAAAACAACAGGAUUCUCUUCAUUCUGAAUGUUUACGCCGAAAUGCAGAUAUUCAUUCACUUAUUUCUCAAUUGGGACAAUUACAACGUUCCCAACUCGAACAAAUUCAGACAAUUCCACUCAAUACAGAAAAAGAAGCUAGAAGUCAUUUUGUGGGGAUGAGAGAAAAGCUUAAUUCUUAUUCAACUGAAGUGGCAAAGCAAAUAGCUGAGGCGGAUAGGUUAUGUGUUGAAUGUGCGGAUUCGCUUAGUCCUGAACAGUUUCACCUCCUUAAGGAAAAUCGACAUUGUUUACAACAUACAUUCGAACGUUUAGAACGACAAGCUGAUGCUAUACUUGCUCGUUUAGAUUUAGCAACGGCUCUCUUGUUAGAAUUUACUUCACGUGCAAGCUCAUUUCAAUCUUGGGUUUUUGAACAUGGAAGGCAAUUGGAUUCGUUGAGAGCAGAAUCAGGCGAUCCAGAAAGAUUGGAUUCCAUAAGAAGAGCAUUUGAAGAUUUGAAUGAGCUAAUUUUGUCUAAAAGACCGGAGUUAAACUCAAUUGAACAGUUGGCCCAAAGAAUUGAAGUUGAAAUAGCUGCCUAUGUUGAUGAAAUAAAUGACCGGGGAGGCGGUAUGUCUUCACCUAUUUGUGAAGGUAUAGCUUUGGUCACAACAACACAGCUGUUACAACAACACCAAGUUCGUGAAACUGUUUUGAGGGCGCAAGAAGAUUAUGAGUCAUUAUUAUCUGCAAAGCAAGAAUUAGAUCAGUUAUUACAAGGAUUAUCUAGUAAUUCAAUGCAAUAUCAACAAAGACUUGCAGAAUGGUUAAGCCAUGCAGAGAAGCAAAUAUUACUUUUUAAUGAUCUACCAAUUCAUCCAAAAGAAUUAACAGAACAAAGUGAAGAGUUAGCUGAUUUUGUAAACGAAAUUUCAAUACAGGCACCGCUAUUAGAGAAUGUUAUUGAGAACACCCGAGAAUUGUUUGCACACCUUGGGGGAAGUGAAGCUAUAGCUUUACAAAUGCGUACAGAUCAGUUAAAACAACGUUAUAAUAAUUUGGCUGAUGAUGCUGAUUCAAAAAUUGCUAUUUGGGAAAAAGCACUGACUUUAGCCGAGAAUUUGUUAGAUGGACAGACUGAGUUAAAAAAACAUUUGGAAGAUGUUGAAGAAGACUUACAAAAUUUAUCUCAAGUUUCUCUAGAAGAACAAUUUCAAUUAAUUAGUACAAUAGAAUCAGAUUUGGGCCCAGCACGAGAACAAUUAGAAUCUAUUCAAUUAAUUAGUUGUGAACUUCAGAGAUUAACCACAGAAAGUAGAGCUAAUCAAUUGGCAAAAGAAAGUGCUGAAUUACUCAGAUAUUUUAAUUCUGUGGCAGAUACAGUUACUAAAAAGGCUGAAUUGUUGAGUAAAGCCGAACGCCAAUCUCGACUAAUUUUUGACGUUCUCGAUUUUUGGAUUGACUGGUUUAACGAAGUUCAAGAACAAAUAGUUAAUGCAGAAAAGCCGGCUGUAGAUAUAGAACAAUUAAAACAACAAUUAAAACAACAAAGGCAAUUAAAUGAUGAAAUAUCUUCUGAAAGAAACGGAUUGAGAGAUAUGAUUACUGAAGCUUCUAAAGUUGCUAGAGAUUUAAAUUUAACAUUGGGAGGGCAAGAAGGACAAGAAGCUUUAUUAACUAAAGUUGAAAGAACUAAGAAAAUGGCUGAAGAAACGGCUGAACUUGGAAGUGAAAGAACUGCUGAAUUAGAACAAGCUUUUGCCCUUGCAAAAGAACUUGAUUCGGAAUAUACAGAACUUAAUGAUUAUAUGGAUGGAUUUGAACGUGAAUUAUGUGCUUGUGACCCAAUAACUACAGGAAUGCCUGCUAAAGUUCUUUUAGCCCAACAACAACAUAAUAAUAAUAUUCUUCAACAAAUUCAAAGUCAACGUCCAAUGGUUAAUAAAUUUGAAAGAAAUGUUGCUGCAUUGCGGGAACUUUGUUCUGAAAUUGAUGAACAAAAUUUAAAACAAAUUUCUGAAAAUGUUGCUGAACGUUUCGAAGAAUUAGUUCAUGCAUUUCAAGAACGUGGUGAUGUUUUAACUUCUUCAUUAGAACAUUCUGCACAUUUGGGAGACAGAUUAAAUAUGCUUUUGAGUAAUUUAAGUGCAGCAUUAGAGCAAUUACAUUCUCAAGAACCUCCCUCAUCUCGCCCACCAAUAAUCCGAAGACAGUUAGCUGAAAUGAGUGCUAUGUUUGAUUUAUUACAUCAAAGAGAACCUUCUUUCUUGGCAAUGAAAACACAGUGUUCUGAACAGAUUGAACUUGCAAAACAACAAAAUUUAAAUUCUGGACAAGAACCAUCAACUUUAGCAGAAAUGCACCAACAAAGAUUGGCUGAAUUGGAUACUAGAUGGACUGAACUUAAACAAGCGGCUGAAGGAAGGAGAUUACAACUAGAAACGAUACUUCCUUUAGCUGAACGAUUUUGGAUUCAAUUAGACCUUGCCCAACAAUCUGUUGUCCAAAUUCGUCAACACACUGAUCAAUUUGGAAUGACUGCAGCAGCAGAAGAUUUAUUUGAUAGUCCAGUAAAGCAAUUACAACAAAGACAAAAUCAACUUCAAUCUCUUCAAAAUGGAAUUUCUGAGUGUUCUCAGGGUGUUCAACAAGCACAUUUGGGUGGACUUGCAUUGUGUAAUGAAUUGUUGGGUGCUGAAGAGGAACAAAGUUUUGUACAACAACAUUUAGCUGCAUUGCAGGCACAAUGGGAUGCUUUUCUUGCACAUUUUACUCAAAUGAGUAGUUCUCUAAGUUUGGCUUCACUUCAAUUCCACUCUUUACUGCAACAAUUAACUUCAUUCUUGGCUGCAAAAGAAAAUCAAGCUUCUAAUAUUAUAACUGACAAUCCUUUAAAUUCUGUUGAUUCUGUUAGAGAACAACUUCAAAUUGUUGAUAUGUUACGAAGGGAAUUGGAUGAAGCAGCAAUUGGUCGUGAACAGUUAAACCAAAUGGGAGCUGAAUUAUGUGCUGUUAUGGCUGCUACAAAAAAUACAUCUAUGGGGGAUACAGAUGAUCCAACUCUUUCAAUUAGACAACCACUGGGCGAACUCAAUCAACGAUGGAAUGUUCUAUUAAAACGUCUUUUGGAUAGCCAACAACGUUUAGAACGUGCACUUCUUGAUAUGGGACAGUUCUCUCAAGCACAUGCUCAAUUAGUUGAUUGGAUUGAUAAAACUUUAUCAACAUUAGAUGGGGUAGAAGGAGAAUGGCGCUUAUAUUCAGAUAAUGGAACAAGUGGUUUAAAACAUAUUGAGAUUGCUUUAUGCAAAUUAAGGAUACUUCAAAACGACAUUUCUGCCCAUCAACCAAGUUAUGAAGCUAUUUUAACUGCUGGAGCACAGAUUUUACGCCAAGAAGAUUCUUCUGCUGCAGCUAGCACACAGCCAAUGAUUGAACAUUUAGUCUCGAAUUGGUCAAAACUAGAUGAAAGAACACAACAAUUAUAUAAUGAAUUAGAACAAAAUAGGGCCGAAUCCACUUCAAGAAAUAAUGAUAUGGAAAAAUGGCGUUUAUGGCUGGCUGAUUUAUUAACUGAAAUGAGGACAAAUCGUCCGAUAGGAGGUCUACCUGAAACAGCGAUUGCCCAGCUUGACGAGUUUCGAGUAAUUCAAUCAGAUGUUGAACAAAGAAAGCCUCAAUUUGAAGAAUACUUGAAUUCCCUAGAAGAAUCAAUGGAAGAUUUGAAAAGAUCUGAAGUCAAGAAUGGAAAAGAAGACAGGACAAUUAGUCAAGUUAAAAAGCUUCGAGCAGAUUGGAAAACUCUUCAAGAAAAAUUAGCUGAACAAGAGAAGAAGCUACGACAAGCACUUGAAGAAGCAUUAGAGCUUUCCCAAGGGAUGCAAGAAAUGCAAGAUUGGUUACUUGAAGCAGAAAAUCAUUUGGCAAUGGUACCUCCAAUCUCAAGAUUAGUAGAAACACUCGAAACACAAUUGGGUACUCACAAAACAUUUAAUGAUUCUGUCCAAACAAAAUGUCAAUUUAUGAAAGAGCUAAAUAAUAAAGGUAUUAGAAUGCAAUUAAGCUGUGAAAAGAAGGAUGCAAUUCCUAUGAAAAAUAAAUUAGUUUCUUUAAAACAUAGAACAGACAAGCUUGCACAAAGAAGCAAUGAACGAUUACGUACAUUAACUAUUGCAUUGGAUGAUUCAAGGCUCUUUUUCGUCGCUCAACAAGAAUUAAUUGACUGGAUUGAAGAACAACUUAAAUUACUUGAUGAAAAGGAAACUGAAAAGAUGGGGACUGGGGACAGAAUAAGGGAAUUAUUAGAAGAACAUAAAAAAUUACAAGAUCAAAUAAGACGGAGAACAGGACUUUUUGAUGAAACUAGGCAAUAUAUUUGCUUUAAAUUAACUUUAAAAUUUUUUAUAAAAUUUUUAGAUUAAGAGGUAAUUUGUUGGGCGAACAUGCCCCGCCAGCAGAAAA